AUGGUCGUCGUGGUCACUAACUUGCUUCCAGGUGAGACUACGCCUAGCGUCUAUUUGCUGGCACACAACUCUCGCCUGUGGUUCCACGAAGCUGAGCUCUGCUCACCGGCCACACCUCGGGCAACCGCCUCGACCUGCGAGCUAAACCAGGUGACGGCGGUCACUUCAGGUGCGUGGGUGCCACGUGUACAGGGUACUGCGGAGUCCGCUGGACGGUUGGUCGGAUGGAACACCGUGUUGGCGCCGUCGUUAGGAGGCUCCGUCUGGUACGCUGCUGAUCAGGGGGUUGAUGGAACGUCGCAACGGCAUCAUCGUCGAGUCGAGGCUCCGCCUGGUACGCCGCUGGUCAGCCGGUGCCGGGAUGGAUCUCCGAAACGGCAUCGCCGAGACGCGCCCAUCUGGUGCACCGUAGGAGACCGCGGGCUUACAGUGAUGUCGUAAGCCAUUGGCAAAUUCGAGUCUUUCUUCCACUACCAAAAAAGCGUGGCCCUUACUCGAGUUCGGCCGCGCAGGCACAUUAAAAGCAACCCUAUUCAGGGUGGGGGGGGACACUGCUUCUCUUCGGAGGGGGCCUGGAAAAACUGGCCUAAAGAUUGUUGGUGAACCACGUCGUCUGCAGGCUGACCGUGGUCGCAGUCGUUAAAGUCACAAUCGAAACAAUCAAAAUCGAAAUUGCAACAACACUACUCGUUCUCGUCAUCCUACCUCUUCCUUUUCUUCCUCUGCAUAUUCUUCUCCUUCGCCAUCUUCUUCUCCAUCUCCUUCCCGUCCCACUCGUCGCCAGACUGGCAGGAUGAGUCCGCCCACUCUGGCAGCCUGGAAUGUUCGUUCCCUUUUAGACAGUCCGACGAAAGACCGACCGGAACGGAGAACGGCUCUAGUGGCACGAGAACUGGCGCGCUACAAGUUGGAUAUCGCCGCACCCAGAGAUACUCGAUUCUCCGAACAAGACCAAAUGGAGAAGGUGGGUGCCGGUUACACCUUCUUCUGGAGUGGUCAUCUCAGGGCAGAGCAACGAGACUCGGGUGUCGCCUUCGCCAUCCGGAACGACAUCGUGGGAGGACUGCCCUGUUUGCCUCAGGAUAUUAACGAUCGCCUGAUGAGCCUCCGCCUGCCUCUCCGGCGGGGGGUGGGGGGAAAUUCACCACCAUCAUCAGAGCUUACGUUCCGCCGUUGACCAGCCACGACGCCUCCGCCGCAGGAGACAAAUUCUGCGAGGACCUGCACGCCCUCUUGGCGACUGUGUCGAAGGUGGACAAGUUGGUUGUCCUUGGGAACUUCAGCGCCCGCGUCGGCACAGAACAUACUGUCUGAAGAGGCACCUGGAGAACAUCUUCUUCUGUCUGCCGUAGCGAGAGAAGGCCACCUGGAGGCAUCCUCGGUCGCGUCAGUGGCACCUGCUGUACUAUGUCCUCGUUCGGAGGCGAGAUCAGCGGGACGUGCUGGGGACAAAGGCGAUCGCGGGCGCUGACGGGUGGACCGACCAUUGCCUCGUCAUCUCGAAGAUGUGUAUUCGCCUACAGCCUCGCAGGGGACCACAAGUUGAGCGACCUCCAGGUAAGCUGAAUAUUGCCUUGUUGUCUUUGCCCGCUCACUAUCUUCAUUUAAGCAAUGAAUUAGCUCAACGGCUAGACAACCUUCCAAUCGCUGCCGACUCCGACGCCGCCGCUGCCGAGAACGCUUCCAUGGAGAACCGCUGGAGUCCACUGCGAGACACGGUCCAGUCAACGGCGCUAGCCGUCCUCGGUCGCGCAUGCCGUCAACAUCAGGACUGGUUCGACGACAACGACGCCGGCAUCAGCAAUCUGCUCGCCGAGAAGAACUGCCUACAAAUAGCCUACGUACACCACUCCACCGACGACAACAGAGCUGCUUUCUACCGCAGUCGCCGCCAUCUUCAGCUAAGGCUGCGCCGACACGUCAAGCGUCGUGGAUAG